AUGAGAUUUGAUUGUGUUGAAAGGCGAUUUGCGUAUGCAUUUGGAGCCUAUUCAGGAGUUGUUGUCCGUCAUCCAUUCCCAUUUUUCAUUAUUCCAGUUCUUGUAACUGCUGCAUUGACUACUGGAUUAUUUAGACAUGAACAAGCAUUUAUGAAAGAUGAACUUGAAUUAUAUACACCUACAGAUGCUCAAGCAAGAAAAGAAUUAGAUCAACUUGAUCGACUGUUUCAUAUUAAUGAUUCUGAUCCAUUUUAUGCAACAAGAAGGUAUGACAUCAGAAGAGCAGGUUAUAUCAUUGUGACGAAUCAAGAAGAAGACGGAGAUAUUCUGAAUCCAUUGGUGAUGCACGCAGCUAUGCAACUUUGGAGUAUUGUUCAGUCCCUGACAGUAGAAGACGAGGAUGAUCGUCGUAUAAACUACCCGUCAAUAUGCGUGAAGUUCCCAAUUCCACCAGAAUUCUCCAAGGCUCUUCACUCAUUAUUCUCACCGAAUAUGACCACGCCAGAAGAAAUAUGUGUUUCAAAUCCACUCGUCGAGAUAUUCAAACUGCUUCUCGUCUCGGAUCGAUCAUUUCUCAAUCGAUCAAUUGAUGAAAUGACUCUGUCUCAGAUAUCAGAUGCAAUUCAAUUUGAUAGCGGAGGAAUGACACAUUUGUUAGGAGGUGUCACUUUGGAUGAUGAUAAAAGAAUUGCAGGAGCAAAAGCAAUGCUUCUACCGUAUGCUCUACGACAUUCCUCUGAUGAUGAAGAUUGGGUUGCUGAGAAAUGGGAAGUACGUCUUGCUGACUUCCUUCUGCAGUACGACUCUCCAAUUAUUCGUGCGAGUUGGUGGACUUAUGAGACAUUGGCAGCUGAGUCAGCAAGGGAUCGACUUCAACUUAUUAAUAUGCUUCUUCCUUGUUUUGUUUGUGUUUCAAUAUACACAAUCGCCUGCUGUUGCGUCUUCUCUUGGCGUCGUUCCAGACCAUGGCUUGCAAUCGGUGGAGUUAUCUCAGCAGCGAUGGCUAUUGCGUCAGCAGUUGGUCUAUUGCUACUUGCUGGUUAUGGUAUGACUAGUGUUGCCUACUCGAUGCCGUUCAUUGUAUUUUCUGUUGGAGUGGAUAAUGUGUUCAUUCUGUUAUCAGCAUGGAGGUCAACAUCCUCAACAGAAACAUUUGAACAUCGAAUGAAGGAAACAUUCGCAGAUGCAGCAGUCAGUAUUACAGUAACAUCUCUAACUGAUCUCAUUUCCUUCGGAGUUGGCUGUGCAACUCCAUUUCCAAGUGUCAAAAUGUUUUGUGCGUAUGCAGUUGCAGCAGUUAUAUUCACUUAUAUUUAUCAACUGACAUUCUUCGCCGCAGUCAUGGUUUAUACAAAUCGAAGAGAAGUUAAUAAUCGUCAUUGUAUUACAUUCCAUAAACUAAAAAGAGAUACACUUCCGGAGAAAGUGGCAGCUCAGGGAGAUCGAAGUUUCGAAAAGAAUAGUAUGCUGGCUCAGUUCUUCCGAACAACUUAUUCUGAUUUACUUCUCAAUCCACUUGUUCGAAUUUCUAUUUUGACAUUUUUCUGUUUUUAUUUGGGAAUCGCCUCGUAUGGAUGCACAAAAGUGAAAUUAGGACUGGAACCAAACGAUUUGCUUCCUGAGAAUUCAUACGGAAAACGAACGCUAAUGAUGGCUGAAAAAUAUUUUUCAGAUUACGGUAGUUCUCUGCACGUUUGGAUGUACAACCUAUCUGAAGUGAAUGUUGUUCCAAGAAAGAUUUGGAAUGUUCUGGAAAAAGAGAUAGAGCUAUACGAGCAUACAGAAUUCACAGCUGGAAGUGAUUCGUGGCUACGAACGUUUCUUGCUUUUGUGAAACAGGCUGGACUACUCAUCACACCCGAAAACUUUGUAUACAUCCUCAAAAAUGUUUUUCUAUCCCAACCACAAUUCGCAAAAUACAAUCGAGAUGUCGUGUUGACUGAAAAUGGAGAAUACCUUGAAGCAUCGAGAAUUCCAGUUCAACUGAGACAUGUUGGAUCUGCUAAUCAAUCGAGAGCAAUGCGAUUGUUUAGAAGAUUGGCUGAAACGAGUGAAUUACAAACUGGAGUUUACGCUGACUUUUUCCAGUUUGCUGAACAAUACAAUGCGGUUCUCCCUGGAACACUUUCUUCUAUCGCUUAUGCUGGAGUUGCAGUUGUUGCUGUUUCUCUUAUUCUUAUUCCUGAACCUGUUGCCAGUCUUUGGGUGUCAUUCUCCAUUGUAUCCAUAAAUAUAGGUAUACUAGGAUUCAUGACAUUCUGGUCAGUCCGUCUCGAUUUCAUUUCAAUGGUCACUAUCGUUAUGUCAAUAGGUUUUUGUGUCGAUUUCGCGGCACAUUUGGCAUAUAAUUUUGCAAAGGGGGAAAAUAUAGAUGCACCGGAAAGAAUGAGAAAUGCUCUUUAUGCUGUUGGUGCUCCGAUAUUGAUGUCCGCAUCCUCUACGAUCAUCGGAGUUUCUUUUAUGGCAUCUGCUGAAUCUUACGUUUUCCGGAGUUUUUUGAAAACAAUUAUUCUCGUUAUUCUACUCGGAGCACUUCAUGGAUUAGUUAUUUUGCCUGUUUUAUUAUCAAUGUUUUAUUGUGGAGGAUCUUCGAAAGCAGCGAAGGAACACAUGGAUGCAGUAGAUCAGAAACUGCAAGCUCAAUACAAUAAUCCAGCACGAACAGCUUCAAUACAGUAUCUGAGUAAUCCAGAUUUAUACACUUUGCCUCCACCUCCAACUGUCGAAUAUUCCCUUUCAACACUAGAAUUCAAUCGAACACAAACUCGAUCUCUUGGAGCUCCGCCUCCAUUAUCUGGAAGUCCGAAACGUGAAUUAUCUGGAUUAUCCGGACCACCAGAAUACGAAGAACACGAUCCAUCUGGAUUGAGCACAUUUGGAGUUGCUCCAGCAGUUGUUGCCAACACAACUGGAAUGAUUCCAAUGCGUGCCAAACUGAAAUAUCCGACAAGCAUGACGACAGCACAAAGAAGGGAAAGUGAAAAUAGAUCAACACCAGAAUUAUACUAUCCUUCAUAG